GAUGAUUAUUUACAGUUUCUCUCGGAUUAAGAAACAAAACAUAAAUGUCGGUUUUGCAUGAGGCAGUUGCAUGUGGCGACACCCAGCGAUUAGGUGACCUUUUACAACAAACCAGAGUCGAAAUUAACGAACAGGACUUCGACUGGGAUGGUAGAACACCUCUGUUUUGGGCUGUGAUUAUUGGGAAUGUACAAUGUGCCCGGAUGCUACUACAGGCAGGAGCUAAUCCAACCAUCUUAAACAACGACUAUAAAUCUGUAGCUCACUUUGCUGCAGAAAAUGGGAGAUACGAUUUACUGAAAAUGGUCGUAGAUUAUGGGUGUGACGUUACAGUGGUGGAUAAAUUCGGAGAUUCAGCAAUAGAUUACGCUCUCGUCUACGGCCAUCUUGAAUGCGCGGAUCUUCUAAGUCAAGUAUUGCGUGGAGAACUGAGGCGGAAGUUCGAGCCGAGCGAUUGGUUGGAGCCGACGCAUCACGUGACGAAAGACGCGCACCAGGACAUACGAAGAAGGUUGGUUGCUAUGGCAACAAGAACAAACCUUCAUCCACAUGAUAUACACAAGAAGAAAAACAAACUGCUGCUUCGACGUGGUCACAGCGAUGUGGGGAAUUAAAAUAAAAAGGUGUGUUGGAACAA